AGGAAACCUUUUCUUUCUGAAAAAAAUCAGGAACUAGUUAGCGCGAACUCUAAGAAUCGAAUCGAAUCGAAUCGAAAUCGAGAGAUCAUUCGUUAUCCUUCUGGAGAACACUUGCAGAUUCUCGAUUGGGUCGGCACGAUUAGCUGAAAAGGUCACAGCUUUAGUCUCAAUCCGCCAAAAAGUCAGUUCUUUUUCUCUCUCUCUCUCAGAUCUUGCAGUGUCGGUUACUGGCAGAUUUCGAAUUACUAGAAUGGGAAGGCCUUUGCUUUACGACAUCAUCGAGAAACCCGCAACGAGCUGCAUCGUAACCCUAUGCAGCUUAAUCUGGUUUCUGAUUCAGAAGAAGAGUAUUGGUUACCCCCAAGUUGGGUUGAGCUACGAGACCGCGGUCCAAGGGCAUUACUGGAGGAUGAUCACCUCUGCUUUCUCUCAUAUAAGCGUCUUGCAUCUCGUCUUCAACAUGAGUGCCUUGUGGAGUCUCGGUGUUGUUGAACAGCUUGGUCACUUAGGUCUCGGAACUGCUUAUUACCUUCACUACACUCUUGUUCUCGUCGUCUUCUCUGGCGUUUUGGUGAUUGGGAUGUACCAUCUGCUGAUCGGUAGGUUCAAGAUCGAGUAUUUCAGGAGGGUUACGGCUGUGGGUUACUCUUGUGUUGUGUUUGGUUGGAUGACGAUUUUGUCUGUGAAGCAGCCUUCUUCGAAGUUUGAUCUUUUUGGUGUUCUGUCUCUUCCCAUUAGCUUUGCGCCCUUUGAGUCGCUUAUUUUUACUUCUAUUAUUGUUCCGCAAGCUAGCUUCCUGGGACAUUUGUCGGGGAUACUGGUUGGUUAUGCUGUUUCCUGGGGUUUGAUUGGUGGGAUGAACAACUACUGGGCGGUUACCAUGCUUGGUUGGAUCGUUGUGGUGUUUGUCUUCAGUUUGAAGAAGUCUGGUGCUUAUGAUUUCAGUUUUCUGGAGAUUGAGUCGGUUAGUGAUGCUUCUUUGCCUUCACUGCGGUUUGUUGGAAACGGACGGACCUUGCAAGCCAGUGCGGUUCCUCUUAGUGGGGUGGAAGUUAUAUGAAGAUCUAUUGUAUCUUCUUGUCAUCAAGGUACUAGAUGAAGACAGACUUGAGGGUUGGCAACCAAGUGAAGAGAUCAUUAAGGCUUUGCGUGAACUGCUGCAUGUAUAAUCAAGUUAGUGUUGUUUAAGCAUAUCAUUACAGAUGAAUAGGACAGUCUUAUGUUUGAUGUAUAGUUGCCAAAAAGGGUCCCCUGUCUUUACCGUAAGAUUACAUUCACUACUAGACCUUCACAUUUAUUUAACUAUGAAAAAAGCAUGCUACCAAACAUUCUUGUUGUUUCUUUGAUAUAUUGUAUAUGUUUUUAUCA